UUGGAGAUUUUGGUCUAGUAAGAGCUAUAGGCCAUCAGCCUGCAAGUCAUGGCAUUCGUCAAAGUCAAACUGCUAGGAUAGUUGGGACAUCAGGUUAUAUUGCACCUGAAUAUUACAGAGGAGUCAUCACUACUAAACUGGAUACUUAUGCUUUUGGAGUAGUAUUACUAGAAAUACUGACUGGUUUGCCAAGUUAUGAUCCUAAAAGAAAUCAAGAAUAUUCAGACUUGGUUACUUUCAUUGAAACGAUGACAAGAAGAAAAGACUUUCUUCUGGUACAAUAUGUGGAUAGCCUUGCUGGCGAUUGGCCUAGCCGCUCUUUCUUUAAAUUAUUCAGCAUUGCCCAAAGGUGCCUGACAGAAAGUCAUUUUGACAGACCUGGAAUGAAUGAGAUAUAUGUUCUACUUGAGGAGCUGUCUUUAUUAAGUGGUCAGUUAUUUGCAGAAGAAAACAAAACGAAAAAGAAAACCUAA